GCUUCUGUGUGUUCAGAAUGGAGAAAUAUUGUAAAGCAAGACUCGCAGAUUAGACGAAGGUGGAGAGAAUUCUUAGAUGAAAGAAAACGACACUUUACCCGAAAGGGAAACCGAAAGGUAAUUAGGGGGUCAAUUCUUAUUUAUAAAAAUGAUAUAAGCUUAUGUGUUGCUUGCUUUGUUCAAGAUCUUCUUGCCUAUUGGAUUACUAUCAAUUGUUUUGAAUAACCCCUUAGUGUACCCAGGAAAAAUUUGUAAUGAAAUGUGUUCACUUAAUAUAAACUUGAACUUGUUAUGUGCCAACACGGUUAGCCGGGCUGGCUCGGUUCAUGCCUUGUUUCCUCUUUAAGUUUUUGUUGUGUUUAUAUGAGAAGAUGGUUGGUUGGCAUGCCAAAAUCUUGUCUUGAGCAAGCCUUGCCAGCUCACCUUCUCAUAUAAACACAACAAAAAUUUUGAGAGGUAACAAGGCAUGAUUCAGGUCAGCCCCUCUGAUUAACCAGGCUAGCUCACCUCAUAAAAGACCCUAAGUGAUGUUUUACGUUCCAUAGGAAAAUCAUGGUACACCAUCCAAGUUCAGAUCAGCAUAUCCUAAUGAUCUGAUAAGAUUGCCACUUUCUAGCAUUAAUCACAAUCAACUACAUGGGAGGAGAGAAGACACAGGCAAUGAAACAGCUUUGAGGAGUACAGAGUUCCAGACUAUAAACUACCUCAAUAAAAACGUUCUCAUAAAAACAAAACAAAAAUUUUACAAGGUAACAAGACAUAAUUCGGGCCAGCCCCUCUAACCACGCUGGCUCACCUCAUAAAAGACCCUAAGUGUUGUCUUACAUUCCAUAGGAGAAUCAUGGUACACUAUCCACUUUCAAAUCAGCAUAUCCUGAUAAUCUGAUUAGAGUGCCACUUGCUAGCAUUAAUCGCAAUAACCUACAUGAGAGGAGAGAAGACACAAGCAAUGAAACAGCUUUGACGAGUACAGGGUUCCAGACUUACUACUCCUAUCCAAUCUCCAGAGAAGCUUCAGAUAAGCUUAGAUCAUGCCCCAAAUGCACAUCGCCUUCAAACUUCUCAAAAAUAGCAAAGGACCAAUGUCAGUGUCAAAAGUGUGGCAAUAUGUUUUGUUCAGUUUGCCUUAGGGAGACUGAACUACACACCAGUAGAGAUCAAUGUAAAGGACGAGUUAUGACUCCGCCUACUAGAACUGAUCGGCAUCUCAAAUAUAAGAAAACCAACAGGGACGUUGUUGGAAGCAAAAAGAGCAAAGAAAGACUUAGACGCUUAGGAUUAAAUUUUUAG